AUUUAAAACGGACAAGACAGAGCCCAACACCUUUCCGUUGCUAAAUGAGACUUCGGGUUGAGUGAGUUUUUGCCCCCCUCCUCCCCGCUCUGUGACCUUCCUUCCUUGCCGCCAGUCGUUCAGCGAAUCACACUGCCGUUUGUUAAGUUAGCAACACGGCUGUUAAAUGAAUGCAGCUUCCUCCAUUGACUUCGCAUGUUGGUCGGUCGCAAAAGUGGAUCUCGUGACUUGCCCCCCUUCCGGGACGCUGCAAUCGUCAUAAGUACAUGUCAGUUGGCAAGCCUCUGAAUAGUUAUCUGUGUGAUAAAAGGUCCGAUGUCCCUUCCAACUCUGUUAUUCCGUAUUAUUCUGUAGAUACAUGUGUGUGUUUGUGCACCAGAGAAAGGGCACAUAAAGCUAUAAAAAAUAUCCAGGCCCUUUAAAAUUGUUGCUGUUCUUUUUCUGCUGGGUCAGUAAAGGAGCUGGGGAUUGCUAGAGUGGCUGGGAAACUGUCACAGAACAUUAAAGUGAUGAUCACGUGACGGCAGCAGCUAGUAAAAAUGGAAGCUGCCAUAAAAAGUCAUGGGGUCCUAGAUUUUGGAUGCAUUCUAGAAGUUAACCUAUUUGUGGUGGCAUAGUUCAAAAACAAUGCGCCAUUUCACCCAGGUAAAAAGUCAUGCAGCCAGAAUUACACUAGAUCGCAAAGUUAUCAACAAAGAACCACAUGGGAGAAGGCAGCGGUAAACCACACAGAACGCGCUUCUGUAUUUUUACUGAGAAAAACCACACGGAUUAUUAAAAAAAAUUAAACGAGCGAUGAUAAAAAUCUAUCCGUCCGGUUGCUAAAAGUCAGUGUUGACUUGAUGGCACGUAAUCAAAAAAUUAAGAAGUAAAUAAAGACUUUCUUGAGUCAGAUUCAACUCCUGUCGAUUGGGUUGGGAAGAGGACAGAGAGUCUUCGCUGUUGGCGCCUGAUGUGAUUUUUUUUUAAAUUUCAUUUUGCUUGUUAGCAUCAAGACAACGUACAGAGUGAACUGAAUUAAUUCAAAUUUACGCUCCGGUGCGUUUCUGCUCGUCUUCCAUUCCUGCGGAUCCCCCGGGGCAUGUUCAUCCCAAAGCUGAGAUGGGUCCGGCAUCUCCCCGUCGCUUCCUCUGUCUUGAUGCUGCUCCUCACUGUCGUCUGGGUGACCGGCGUCGGAGAACAUUUGGUCUUAUCACCCAGCAUGCUAAGUAGCCCUUUGCAAGCCUUCCGCCUGGUGACGUACUGCCUGGGCCAUGCCAACGGCUCCCUCCUGGCCACCAGCUUGCUCUUCUUCCCACUGCUGAGCUGGCACCUCGAGCUUCAGCAAGGGGCCCUUGGCUACCUCCGGACCAACACGGUCUCUGCUGUCGCUUCAGCCCUGGUCUACGUGUUCCUGGCUGGACUCUGGGGAGUUGAACCGCAGGCCACCGUCAGCAGCUACAUCCCUGUCCACCUGGCUCUGCUGGGCUGCCACGGAAAGCGCUUGGGGUGGCUGCCCGUGGCUCUGCUGGCAGGAUUGCUGUUCGGCCUCGGGGAGAUCCUGUCCCCGCGUUCUCCCUUCCUCCUGAACGUCUCCGGGUUGCUCACGGGACUACUAGCCUAUGGUGCUGGUAGAUCGUCCAAGAGGCGCCUGGCAAGGCUGCAGAAGAGGAUUGCAGGCUGGAGCUACCUCAGAAGGGUUUUUUCUCACUCGAUCAGGCCCUUCGCCACCGGCACCCUCCCAGCUACGGACAUAAAGGAAAGAAUUCCUGCGCAGGAGACGUUUUCACCCGACUUGGCAGGGACGGUUGCCAUCCAGAUUCCGCCCCCUCCUCCAUCCUGGACUGAUGAAAGGGUAACCCAGCUGCCGUUUCCUCCUACGUCCCAGCACCUCUUCUCAGAUCCCGGCCAGGCUUUGGGCUCCCCUUACUUCUCUCUCCCAAAUUUCCCAACGGAAGAAGAGCUAAUAGAAGCGGGAAUCCGGGCUUCUCUGCAAGACAGAAAUGAAGAGGAAGUGAAGCUGCUCAAAUCUUCCGUCUCUUCCCUCCGGCUCCAGCAGCUGCAGAAGAUGGGCUUCGCCACGGAAGAGGCCGUGAUCGCUCUGGCAGCCACCGGCCACGUGGAAGGCGCCGUCUCUCUACUGAUCGGAGGCCACGUGGGGGACCAAGCGGUGGUGACGGCCGAGACCCGCUCAGCGCCUCCUCUCACACAACCUCAGUCAAUCCCCAACCCAUGAGAUGGCAUUGGGGGCAGAACUCCGGCCAGACCGGGCAGAAACGGAGUGCCACAAGACAGAGGGCUGCGUGGCAGAACUGAAGCUGGUUUUGCAAGAGCACGGAAAGGCUGCAGACCGGCUUCAAACUCUCUGCGGGAGACGCAGGUUCACCUGGGCCUACCUGGAUUGCUAGAAGGCAGCGAGGAAUUGAGGGGCAGAAGGCGGGCGCAGAGGAUGCCUUUCCAGACCAGAAUUACGAUUUGUCUGCUUGCAAUUUCCUUUUUUCCACUCCGGAUAUGAAUAAAUGGAGCACAAAAACAAAAAACAGUGGUGAAAUCUGAACCGGUUUACUACCGGUUUGCUGGCUGCGCAUAUGCAGUGCGCACCAUGCACCAAAUGCAAGGUGCACACGCGCAGUGCUCGCCAGGAGGAGGUAUGCGGUAAGUAGAACAGCACGCGAGGGGGGGUUGAUCAGCUGUGGCACGCAAUCUUUUUUUAAUUUUUAAAAUUAAAAAAAAAAGCCUCUGACGAUCGUGCGGCUCAGCUGG